GCAAACAAUCAUGGCCGCCGUUCGAAGCAGACUACACAAAUCUUUGCUUCGAAUUUGUGGCCACUUUAGACAUAAACAAGGUAAUAUCUCAGUGACAGGAGCUUCGUACCACUUUGAUUCUUUCUUAGGAAGAAGACAAGUAAUAUUUCACAUAAGCAAGAACCAGUAUCAUGUGUUGCAACGCCACCAGCAUCCCUGCUGCACAGCUCAUGUCCAGGGAUCACCACUAGGCCACAACACAGGCCUCCAUCUCACCAGGCCUUCGUCCAACAGUCCACAACAUGACAACACAGUGUAUAAUCCAUACAAGUUGGUGGAGGAGGAACUUGGCUCACUUUCUCAGGAUAUCAAAAAGGAAAUAGUAACUGACAGCAAUGAACUGGCUGAAAUAGCUGGUUACUAUUUUGAUGGGAAAGGAAAAGCAUUUCGACCAAUGAUAGUCCUUCUGAUGGCCAGAGCUUGCAACAUACACAAUGAUGCUGGCAACUGUGUACUGCCUGCUCAGAAGAAGAUAGCCAUGAUCACCGAGAUGAUCCACACUGCCAGUCUCGUUCACGAUGAUGUGAUUGAUGCAGCAGAUACGCGACGCAAUAAGUCCAGUAUCAACCUUGUUUGGGGUCAAAAGAAGGCAAUUUUAGCCGGUGACUACAUUCUAUCCAUAGCAUCUAUGGCGCUGGCACGUCUCCGCAAUGAACAAGUUGUUUCUAUUUUAUCUCAGGUUAUAGAAGAUCUUGUUAGGGGAGAGUUUAUGCAAUUAGGGUCCAAAGAAGAGGAGAAUGAAAGGUUUGCUCACUACCUCAAAAAAACCUUCAAGAAGACGGCAAGCCUUUUAGCCAACAGCUGCAAGGCAGUUGCUGUCCUUGGUCGCUGUACAGAAGAUGUUACAGAAAUAGCAUAUCAAUAUGGCAGAAAUAUCGGAAUAGCAUUUCAGCUGAUCGAUGAUCUGCUGGACUUCGUCUCAUGUGAUCAAGUGAUGGGGAAGCCCACUGCUGCUGACCUGAAGCUAGGCCUGGCUACUGCGCCGGUGCUGUUUGCUUCACAGUCUUAUCCAGAACUAAAUGCAAUGAUUAUGAGGAGAUUUUCCCAUGAUGGUGAUGUGGAAAGGGCAAGAGAAAUGGUUGCAAAGAGCGAUGGUGUUGAACAGACACGGCUCCUGGCUAAGCAGCACAGUUUAGAGGCAAUGCGACAGUUGCGACGGCUUGCAAAAUCAGAAAUUCAGAGUAGCCUUUCUCACAUAGCAGAAAUACUGCUGAAAAGGACAAAAUAAUAGUAAUGGUUUGUAGGUGUAUGUUUGAAUUAUAUAGUUGUUACACUCUGAAUGAUUUAUUAUACAUGUAUUGUGAUUAUGAUCCUAUUUUCAAAAAUACAAACUCAUCUUUCCUA